UAUGUAAAAACGAACUGAGGCUGCGCAAGAGGUUCGCGCUACCUGAAGAGUUGCUGGAUUCUGUCGGGGUACAGCUAGCGUCGUUCACGGUUGUUAGUUUUAAAGGGAUUAAAUAUAACAGUAAAUCAUGGCCAGAUAUUUGCGACCUCCGAACACUUCCCUGUUCAUCAGGAAUAUAUCUGACGAGUCUAGGCCGGAGGAUUUGCGUCGUGAGUUUGGUCGUUAUGGACCAAUAGUAGAUGUCUACAUUCCAGUUGACUUCUAUACUCGACGAUCAAGAGGAUUUGCAUACAUUCAGUUCGAGGACGUGCGUGACGCGGAGGACGCCCUUCACAACCUGGACAGGAAGUGGGUGUGCGGACGACAGAUCGAGAUCCAGUUUGCCCAGGGGGACAGAAAGACGCCCAAUCAGAUGAAGGUGAAGGAGAGGCACUCGCCACGGAGCUUCUCGCGGUACGACGACUGCGAGCGGGACGGGCGUCGCCGGCGGUCCCGCAGCCGGAGCUACGAGCGCCGCCGGUCCCGGAGCCCCUCCUACGAGCGCCGCCCGCGCCGCUCCGACAGCCCCCGAGAGUCCCGGGGACGGCCGUACGCGCGGCAGGGGCACAGCCGGAGCCGGGAGAGUGACCGGCACAGGCCGCCGCAGCGGGAGCACCACCAGCCGCACCCCCACAGCCGAUCCAACUCCCCGUCGCCCCGCCCCAGGUCCCGGCCCGGGCCCAGAAAGGAGCCCCGGGGCGCGUCCCGCUCCCGCUCCAAGUCCCUGACCCCGCCCCCCGAGGACUUCCACCCGCCCCCCGACUCGCGAGAGUCGCACGGCUCCCACGCGCGCUCCCCCUCCCGCUCGCGCUCCCCGUCCCGGUCCCGCUCCCGCUCCCGGUCCCGGUCCUGGGCAGGGCGCAAGUCUGGGGGACAUUAAACUCAGCCCCCCUCCGUUCCCCCCCCAGACGCUCGCUCCUCUCCUCUCCUCUGUGCUCAACACGCCUGUUUGGCAAAGGGGAACGCGUUGGUAUGCAGUGUGUUCGGUCAGUUAACGCACACUCCUGGGUUGUUGGUUUAGGUAAAGGCAACAGCUGCUCUGGGUUUAAAUUCAGGAACAGUUCUAGUUUGCCUUUUUUUCUUGAUUUUUUAUUUUUUCUUUCUUGUUAUUUAAAGAUGUGAGCGUGGCGGUUCUGACGCAAAUGGAUCGGUCCCCUUUGCAGACCCAACAUGGCAGCUUUUUUUUUCACCCCCCCUUCCUUUUGUAAAAAUGUGUUCAGUGUUUUGCCAUUGUGCUCAAGGUUUGCUAUGUGGCAAAUGCGACUCUGCGCAAGUGUUAAUGCUCAACAUUUCAGUUGCAUAAUUUUCUACAGAAGCCGGAGGAUUUGUCAGUUGAAAUAACAUUACCCCCACUCCCAUCCUCCCCCAGGAAUGGAUUUCCAAAUCACUUUAGGAAUAUCAGAAUAUAAUCUCAAAUAUACUGGCAUCUGUUCCUGGUGUGUGAAUGUAAACCAUUUGUAAACUUGCAUCUCCUGUGGGGAAGAAGCCUACAGUGGUAUUUUUGUUUCUAAAGGAAGUAAGGUUUUCACAUGAAUUUUCAAACUCAUGGUCUUCCGCUUGUUUGUUUUUUGUAAAAUGUGGCAGUUUGAAGCAAAUAUUCUGGUGUGCUUUUAAUUCAGUUCAAGUUGUUUCUGUGUGUAUAUAUAAUCUCAUCGAAAGCAAUAUUUGGGAUAGUUUGGCAAUAGCAUUGACAGUGGAAAGGGAAGUUGUGCAAAAACAAAAGUCAUUACUGAUUCAAAGCUUCCCCUUGUAGGACUACUGUAGGUUUUAACAUGUGGAUGUAGUGUCAUUGUGGUAUUGCUCAUUUUGUUUAUUGGAUGACUCUGUUUUUACAUUACACCCCCAUAUUCCAUAUUCCCUUGUAUAUGACCAGAUGGAAGAGUUUGUAUGGUUCAUAAAUGCACCCCCUCCCUCUAAAACCUUUCAUUAAAGUGGGUAUGGGUUAGUAAAAA